AUGAGUCCUUACCGCCUCGUUUAUGGAAAGGCGUGCCACCUACCGGUAGAGAUCGAGCACAAGGCGUACUGGGCAAUUAAGACAGCAAAUUGUGAUCUGAACGCUGCUGUGAAGCAGCGCAUGCUGCAAAUGGAGGAAUUGGACGAACUGAGGAAUGAGGCGUAUGAGAACGCCCGGAUAUACAAAGAUAAGGUGAAGCGGCUGCACGAUCGCCGUAUCUGUCACAAAGAGCUUCGCCCGGGAAUGAAGGUUUUAUUAUUUAAUUCAAGACUGAAGUUGUUUCCUGGCAAGCUAAAAUCUCGAUGGAGUGGCCCUUUUCUGUUAAGGGAAGUUUUUGAUCAUGGUGCAGUGGAGUUGUACAAUGAGAAUACCAAUGAAAGCUUCACUGUAAAUGGACACAGAGUCAAGCCGUAUUUUGAACACCAUGGCCCUCCAAUGGUGGUGGAGUCUCAAGCUCUCCACAAUCCUGAUUGCUGA